UCCGGAACACACAUCGGCCAUUUUCUCUAAAUCCGGUGUCAAACAUAAUAUAAUAUAAUUUCGACUAUCAGAAGAUUUAAAAGAUGCCUUCACAAGGAUCUCUAAUCUAUAGUUUUGUCGCUAGAGGCACUGUGAUCCUUGCAGAGUACACCGAAUUUACCGGAAAUUUUCAAAGUGUUGCUGCCCAAUGUCUUCAAAAACUCCCCAAAACCAACAACCGAUUCACCUAUAAUUGCGAUGGGCACACCUUCAAUUACCUUGUUGAACAAGAUUUUACAUACUGUGUUGUUGCGGUUGAAUCUGCUGGAAGGGAGCUUCCAAUCGCCUUCUUGGAGCGUGUUAAGGAUGAUUUUUAUAAAAAGUAUGCAACAGGCAAAGGUAAAACUGCAGCAGCCAAGAGCCUGAACAAAGAGUUUGGAUCCAAAAUGAAAGAACAUAUGCGCUACUGCGUCACACACCCUGAAGAAAUCAGCAAGCUUGCCAAGGUUAAAGCUCAGGUUUCUGAAGUUAAGGGAGUGAUGAUGGAGAACAUUGAGAAGGUUCUUGAUCGUGGAGAGAAGAUUGAACUACUAGUUGACAAAACCGAUAACCUUCGCAAUCAGGCACAAGAUUUCAAGAAACAAGGGACCAAGAUGAAGAGAAAGAUGUGGAUUCAGAAUAUGAAGAUUAAGUUGAUAGUAUUUGGCAUCAUCCUUGCCCUGAUACUAAUCGUGAUCCUCUCGAUUUGCCCCGGGUUUAAGUGCUUUUAAAGUUACCCUUUCUUCAGAGCUCGCUCACAUACGUUUGUCUUCAAGAUUGGCUAUCCUUUGGGCUCAUAACAACAAACAUUUUAGGACCAUGGGUGAGUAAUGGUUGAUGCAUUGCUUUUGAUGUCAUUAAAACCUUAUCUAGCAAAGCUUUGAUAAAUCGGUGCAUUUUGUCAUCGAUACUGAUCGAUCCAUUCUUUAAUUUAAUUUUGACAAAUAUUUCAAUAAGACCAUUUCCGUAAAGAAGGAAAAUAUAUGUCACAGUUGUCUG